ACUAAUUGAAACAAAUUAUAAUAAUUAUAUCGACUUUUACGCUAAUGAAUUAGGAAUAACUUAUAACACAAUCGAUUUGAAAGAAAAUAAUGCCAAAUAACUUAUAAAACAAUAAAUUUGAAAGAAUACGCAAAUAUUCUAACAAAAAAUCAAAGCGAAAAUAAUUAUAAAUCAAGUGAUGGUAACUAUAGAACUCACUUCAUUGAGAUGUCAGCCAUAGGUUCGGGUAGUUUUGGGACUGUAUUUAAAGUAAAACAUAGAUUGGAUGAUAAGAUAUAUGCAGUUAAAAGAGUAUUAUUUGGAGAUUUUAGUGAAGAAAAGAAACAAAAAAUUUUGAAAGAAGUGCAAAGUCUGGCGAAACUGGACUCAGAAUAUGUGGUAAAGUAUUAUCACUCAUGGCUUGAGUCCAAUCAUCUCUUCAUUCAAAUGGAGUUCUGUUCACAAAGUCUUAAAUCUAUUCUUAAAGACAAACCCAUUGUCUUUGAGAGACAACCGGAAGACCAGAUCAAUGAUGUGUUCGAGUAUUUCAUUUCCUGUGAAAUAUUCAAAGAACUGUUAGAAUGCGUUCAAUAUCUUCACUCAUCUGAUCCGCCAGUCAUUCAUAGGGAUCUCAAACCCGAGAAUAUAUUAAUUAAUGUGAAUAUUAAAUACAAUCGUUGUGUAAAACUGUGUGACUUUGGUUUGGCCACCGAUCACAACAUCGAUGGACACACUGACAGCCGAUACACGCACUCAGUUUGCGGUACAUUUGGAUAUAUGGCACCCGAAGUACUGACGGGUAAACGAUAUAAUCAUAAAUCAGACAUUUUUAGUCUUCACGCAAUCGGCGAACAUUUAUUUAGCUUUGAUUUUCAGGCG